AUGUCGUCGCUUCUGAGAGGAGGCACAGCUGUUCGUAACAGAGCCUCAAAGCUCCUCAGAGGAGGAAUCGUUCUAAUUCAUGGCGAGAAGGACGAUGUGUUCCCCGAGUUGGCUGAUAUCCUCAUUGAGGGAGACAGAAUCUCUAAGAUAGAGGCCUCCAUUCUUGCGCCCCCUGGAUGUCAUGUCAUAGACUGUACCGAUAAGAUCAUCUCCCCUGGCUUUGUGGAUACACAUCGCCAUGUUUGGCAGUCUCCUCUCAAGGGAUUCUUCGGAGACACAGCUCUUUUCCCGUAUCUUGCAAUCAUAAUUGCCGCUGGGAUGGAACUCAAAGCAGAAGAUAUGUUUUGGGCGAAUCUAGCAGGGAGUAUGGAAUCUAUCGAUGCCGGAACAACCACCACUCUGGAUCAUGCUCAUAUGAACUGGUCCAAAGAUCACAGCUGGUCCGCAAUAGCCGGGACAAUUUCCUCAGGCGUGCGCUCAAUCUUUGGUUUUACUCCGGUUUACAUUGUUGCAAGUACAAAGCCGAAGAUUGAAUUUUCACCCGAGCUUUUGCCUAAUUGGAUUAUGGAAACCUUUGAGCAACUUGCCACAUCGCAACCACUCAACGACCCCGGUUCUCGUGUCAAAUUGGGAUUCGGGUUUGACUUCUAUCAUCUUCCCAAAGACGUUGUCUUGGGGGUUUUCCAGAAAGUCAAAUCCCUGGGCACGAUGGUAAUUACAUCACAUUUCAUCCAAAACUUCGUCAAAGAUAGUGGGAGUCUACCUGCCUUGUUAAAGUCUUAUGGCUUGUUACAGAAAGGCAUCGUGCUUUCCCAUGGUGGUGGAGCUACCUCAGAAGAUGUCAAGUUAUUGAACGAUGCAAACUGCUUUGUCUCUGCUACACCGAAUACCGAACUUGCCAUGGCAGUUGGACCUCCAGUCUGCUUCCGGAAAGAUCUUCCCGGUAUCGAUAGAGUAUGCUCUCUAGGUGUCGACUGUCACUCAGCAACAAGCGGCAGCAUGGUAAAUGAGAUGCGGAUGGCAUUGCAGACAGCAAGAGGGGUUGAAAGUGAAACUCACAACCAAAGCGGAAUAUGGCCCAGAGAGGUAACACACAAAACUUCUCAUGCCUUCAACUUGGGCACUAUCAAUGGUGCCCGUGCCCUGGGCAUGGAGCGUGACAUUGGUAGUAUUAAAGUGGGCAAAAAGGCGGAUCUGGUAAUAUUUGAUGCUCUCAGUCCCGCUAUGAUUGGUGUUGCUCAGCGGGAUCCUGUCAUGGCUAUUGUGCUACAUUCCACAAUACGCGAUGUCAAAACUGUGCUUGUAGAUGGAGAGGUGAGAAAGGAAAAUGGGAAACUAUGUCCAGUCAAGGGUACUGAUUGGAAUGAAAAGAGUGGUUUCUUGGAAACAAACCAGGAUAUUCACUGGCACGAGGUGGCAGAUCGAAUUUUGGCUAUACAAAAGAGGCUAGUGUCUAAAACUCCGGGCCCUCUUCUCCUGCAGAUAGAAGAUCAUGUUCGCGAGGUCUUUGGCCAUAAGCCCAGCGCUUCCACAAUUUAA